AUGUUGCAGUAUGAAGGCGCUAUUAAAGAAGGUGGAAGGGGCCCAAGCAUCUGGGACGUUUAUGCUCACACUCCCGGAAAAGUAAUGGAUGGAACACCUGGAGAUGUUGCAGUGGAUCAGUAUCAUCGUUAUAAGGUUCUGCAAGCUCUAUCUGGUUUGGCUUUGCUCGUGACUGUGAACAAACAGGAAGACGUCGGAUUAAUGGUGCUUACAGAUUUUCCAUCUCCUGAUCUCGGAUUUUCCCUGCUUAUGUCGAAGCAUGCUUCAGAGCGUUUGGAGAUCGUGUAA